GCAUUGAGGAGGAAGACAGUGAGUAUCAAUUGACAACCAGCAGUGUCUAAAGGCGCUCGACCGGAGAUGGUCCCCCCAAACACGGGCGCAGAAUAGUGGUCGUGCAAGGCUUCUGAGGAGGCGAGAGGACAGCCGAGGACGCCGGCGAUGCAUGCGUUCACUUCUAAAAAAUCUAACCUUUCAGAGGAUCUCUCCUGUCAAAUGGGAUUAUUAUUUCUGUCGGGGGUUAAAGGGAAGCUGCCAGCUGCAAGUCCAUGCACAUUAAUUUAUCCGAUCAAAAACAAGACAGAGCACUCACUUUCUCCAUAAAGGUCCGCUGGAUGGUCACACUGAGGAUUCCACAGAGCAGGCCAUGAUGCCUCAGCCUCAGUCAGGGCUGUAGAAAACACACAGAGAGUGCCAAGCCCUGUUGAGUGAAUUCCCCCCCCCCCUCAUCCCCCACCUCCAUCCCCAGUCGCCGGAGGUACCAUGGUUCCCCCCAGUCCUGGCGGAACCGUAGCCCAGUCCAGGGUGCCUCGCCCUGGGUACUGCCUCUGCCUCUACCCCCCUUUUUUGCUGCCACUGCUGCUGGUGCUCACUUCCCUGCCUAACCUCUCUGACGCCUUAGCGGCGCCCAAGUUUACCAAGAUUCCCGGAGACCAGAUUGGGGUGUCGGGAGGCGUGGCCUCGUUUGUGUGCCAGGCGUCAGGUGACCCCAAGCCCAUGGUCAACUGGAACAAGAAAGGCAAGAAGGUCAACUCCCAACGGAUAGAGACGAUAGAGUUUGAUGAUGGAGCAGGGGCAGUGCUGAGGAUCCAGCCUCUCAGGGCCCCCCGGGAUGAGAAUGUCUAUGAGUGUGUGGCCCGCAACACUGAGGGAGAAGUGGCCACCACCGCCAAGCUAGCCAUCAUACGAGAGGAUCUGUUGCCGUUUGGUUUCCCCAGCAUCGACAUGGGACCGCAGCUGAAGGUGGUGGAGAGGACCAGGACGGCCACCAUGCUGUGUGCUGCCAGCGGCAUCCCAGACCCAGAGAUCUCCUGGUUCAAAGAUUUCCUACCUGUAGAACCCAGGUCCAGCCUGGGACGCAUCAAACAACUACGCUCAGGUGCCCUGCAGAUAGAGAACAGUGAAGAGACCGACCAGGGGAAAUAUGAGUGUGUGGCAACUAACUCUCAGGGCGUACGCUACUCUUCCCCAGCCAACCUGUAUGUGCGAGGAUCAACAGACAAAUUGCGUCGCGUGCCCCCUCGUUUCUCCAUCCUGCCCGCCAACCAUGAGAUCAUGCCUGGCGGCAGCGUCAACAUCACCUGUGUGGCAGUGGGCUCGCCCAUGCCCUAUGUCAAAUGGAUGCUGGGUAUUGAGGACCUGACCCCGGAAGACGAGAUGCCGGUGGGACGCAAUGUUUUGGAGCUCAACGGAGUGAGAGAGUCGGCCAACUACACCUGCGUGGCCAUGAGCAGUCUGGGGAUUAUAGAGGCCACCGCACAGGUGUCAGUUAAGACUCUUCCCAAGCCUCCCGGUACCCCCAUCGUCACAGAGACGACCGCCACCAGCGUUACCAUCACCUGGGACUCCGGUAACCCCGACCCAGUGUCCUAUUACAUCAUCCAGUACCGGGCCAAGACACCGGACAGCAAGUAUGAGGCGGUGGACGGUAUCACCACCACCAGGUACAGCAUCGGAGGGCUCUACCCCAACACGGAGUACGAAGUUAGGGUGUCGGCCUUCAACAGCAUUGGCCAGGGCCCCUCAUCCACCCGGGUAGAGGCCAGGACAGGGGAACAGGCCCCGGCUAGCCCCCCCAGGAACGUCCAGGCCAGGAUCAUCUCCCAGAACACUGUCAUGGUCCGCUGGGAAGAACCGGAGGAGCCCAACGGACAGGUGAAAGGUUACCGGGUGUACUACACCAUGGACCCAUCUCAGCCCAUGAGUCUGUGGCAGAUCCAUAACGUCCAGGACAGCACCAUCACCACCAUCCAGAGCCUGGUACCCUCUGAGACAUACACAGUCAGAGUACUGGCCUUCACCUCUGUGGGAGACGGACCCUUCUCUGACUCCGUUCAUGUCAAAGUUCUGCCCGGAGUUCCAGGGCAGCCAGGGAAGUUCAAAGUGGGAAAGGUGACAGACACCAGUAUACAGCUCACCUGGGAACCGUCCUACAUCAAGGAGGGCAUCGUCAACUACGAACUGCUCUACAAACCUGUUAAGUUUGGCAGCCUGGAGAAGUUGACAUUCGGGCCCAGGGCGUCGUACACAGUGGAGGGUCUGAGGGCUAAUACAGAGUACUCCUUCUCCCUGGCAGCCAUUUCCAACAAAGGCAUCGGUGCCUUCACCAAUGAGCUGGUCCAGAGGACAUCACAAGCCAAUGUCCCGAGGAACUUCUCAGUGAACCUGGCAACCAAGACGAGUGUUCUGCUGACCUGGGAGUUCCCCGACAGCCCCUACCCAUACCACUUUACUGUGGAGUAUAAUCAUCAGAAGAUGGAGGUGGAUGCCAGGCUGAGGAAAGCAGUAAUCCCCAACCUGCAGCCCGAUACUGACUAUGACUUCAAGAUCACCUCCCCCGAGGGCAACAUGGGCCGGCUGAGGCACCGCAUCCUAGCCAAGACGUCUCCACUAAUCGGCAUCCGUCGUCCGGAGAUAGACCACACCCGGGACACGGAGACCACCAUCACCAUCAUUCUGCCUUCACUGGAGAACCGCAGCCCUGUCAAGAACAUUUAUGUGGUGGUAGUUCCACUGAGGAGGGCAAGGGGGGUCAUCAGGCAUCUCAAGAGCCCAGACGAGAUGGACCUGGAGGAGUUGUUGGACAUCAGUCAAAGACAGAGGGACUCUAGACAGCAAAAACAGGUUGACCUGCGUCGAGCCUACAUCACUGCCCGCUUCACCCCUGAUACCCUGCCAGCCUUCUUCACUUUGGGGGACCAGCUGGACUACGGAGGCUUUGAGAACCGCGCUCUAGAACCGGGACAGGAGUACGUGUUCUUCAUCCUGGCAGAACUCAACGGCACCACAGGGAAGAUGUACGGGGCCAGCCCCUACACAGACCCAGUGAUAGCCCCCGACUCAGACCCCCAGCCCCUGGACGCGGGGGACGGUCUGAUCUGGGUGGUGGGUCCCGUCCUGGCCGUGGUCUUCAUCAUCUGCAUCGUCAUCGCCAUCCUGCUCUACAAGAACAGCAAGCCAGACAGUAAGAGGAAGGACUCUGAGCCAGGCACCAAGAGCCUUCUGGGUAACGCUGAGAUGAUGGCCCACCACCCCACAGACCCCGUCGAGAUGAGACGCAUCAACUUCCAGACCCCUGGUAUGAUGAGCCACCCUCCCAUCCCCAUCACAGAGCUGGCUGAACACACAGAGCUGCUCAAGGCCAACGACAACCUGCGUCUGUCUCAGGAGUACGAGUCCAUUGAUCCUGGUCAGCAGUUUACCUGGGAGCACUCCAACCUGGAGGUGAACAAGCCCAAGAACCGCUAUGCUAACGUCAUCGCCUACGAUCACACUCGCGUCGUCCUCGCUCCAAUAGAGGGUUCAAGUCCAGGUAUCCUGGGUAGUGACUACAUCAAUGCUAACUACAUUGACGGCUACAGGAAGCAGAAUGCCUACAUUGCCACACAGGGCCCGCUGGCGGAGACGUUCGGGGACUUCUGGAGGAUGGUGUGGGAACAGAGAGCAGCCUCCGUGGUCAUGAUGACUCGCCUGGAAGAGAAGUCACGGAUAAAGUGUGAUCAGUACUGGCCGACCCGUGGUUCAGAGACCUAUGGGAUGACCCAGGUCACCCUACUGGACACUAUGGAACUGGCCACCUUCUGCGUGCGCACCUUCUCCCUGCACAAGAGUGGUAGUAGUGAACGGAGGGAGGUGCGUCAGUUCCAGUUCACUGCCUGGCCGGACCACGGAGUACCAGAGUACCCCACCCCGUUCCUUGCCUUCCUACGCAGGGUUAAAGCAUGCAACCCCCCUGACGCAGGUCCUGUCAUCGCACACUGCAGUGCUGGGGUGGGCCGCACCGGCUGCUUCAUCGUGAUCGACGCCAUGCUGGAGAGAAUCAGACACGAGCGCACGGCCGACGUCUACGGUCACGUGACCCUGAUGAGGUCCCAGCGGAACUACAUGGUGCAGACGGAGGACCAGUACGGCUUCAUCCACGAGGCGCUGCUGGAAGCAGUGGCCUGUGGGAACACGGAGGUGGCAGCCAGGAGCCUGUUCUCCUACAUGCAGAAGCUGGGCCAGGUGGAGAAUGGAGAGCACGUCACCGGCAUGGAGCUGGAGUUCAAGCGUCUGGCCAACACAAAAGCCCACACGUCUCGGUUUGUCAGUGCCAACCUGCCGUGUAACAAGUUCAAGAACCGCCUGGUCAACAUCAUGCCCUACGAGACCACCCGUGUCUGUCUGCAGCCAAUCAGAGGCCUGGAGGGCUCAGACUACAUCAACGCCAGCUACAUUGAUGGAUACAGGCAGCAGAGAGGUUACAUCGCCACCCAGGGUCCACUGGCUGAGACCACAGAAGACUUCUGGAGAAUGCUGUGGGAACACAACUCUACCAUCGUUGUCAUGCUCACUAAACUGAGAGAGAUGGGACGGGAGAAGUGCCAUCAGUACUGGCCUGCGGAGCGUUCAGCCAGGUACCAGUACUUUGUAGUGGAUCCCAUGGCUGAAUACAACAUGCCCCAGUACAUCCUCAGAGAGUUCAAAGUCACUGACGCAAGGGAUGGCCAAUCGCGGACAGUUCGUCAGUUUCAGUUCACUGAUUGGCCAGAGCAGGGAGUUCCAAAAUCUGGAGAGGGCUUCAUCGACUUCAUUGGCCAGGUGCACAAAACCAAGGAACAGUUUGGUCAGGACGGACCAAUCAGCGUCCACUGCAGUGCGGGUGUAGGGCGAACUGGAGUCUUCAUCACUCUGAGCAUUGUUCUGGAGAGGAUGCGUUACGAGGGAGCUGUGGACAUCUUCCAGACAGUGAAGAUGCUGAGGACACAACGCCCUGCUAUGGUGCAGACGGAGGAUGAGUACCAGUUCUCCUACCAGGCUGCCCUGGAGUACCUGGGGAGUUUUGACCACUAUGCAACCUAAGAGAGGAGAGGAACUGUCAUCCCUCCUUCCUUCUGCUCAGAUAGAGGUCCACAGAGAAACAAGGAACAACCAACGAGAGAAGCAGGCUGGAAAACGACAAAACAAUGAACCUUAAAUCCCACCUGAGGGACGACACUACUAACAAGGAGUAAUUAUUACAAGAACAUCAGCAACAAACAAAACAACAACUAGAUGAAUGUCAAAGAAAACCUGCGCUCUCAGGAAAGAUCUGGAAAGGGUGUGUUGGGAGUCGGAGACAGACAACUACAUGUGUAAUCCUGCUUAUUCUUCUUACCUCAGUGUUCAAAAUGUGGAGGACUUAUAAUACCUGUGUGUGUUGUGGUCAGCUAUUUCAAAAAUGAAACCAGUGAAAAACAAAAACUGCUUCAGAAACAGGAGUUGUGAUAUGUGUGUGUAAAAAAAUACAAGGACACAAAAAGCCUGGAUAUUUGCUGCACCCUAAAUGGGUUUUUGUGUUAUGAUCUUUCUAUCUAUGGGUUAAGUGUAUGAGGUGUGAAAGUGCAAAGGUGAACGUUUUCAUGUGUCUGUCGUUCUGCAUUCUGGUGUCUGUUGCUGCCAGAGCUAGUCCUGGCUUUAACCUGAGCACAGUUUUAGACAGAGUACUAAACCUAAGUCCUAGACAUCAAAGUAGGACUAGAGGGACGGUUUGAGCUGCAUGUCCGUGAUUGGACGCCAGACUCUCCUACCCACAGUGCCAAGAGAAACCACGCUGUUCCUGGGCAGAUGGAAAAUGUACUUUGACCUCUGAUGAGGAGGAAUGGUGCCCUACUAUCUGUACAUCCAGCUUACAAUACAUGAGCAGUAAACUCACAGAUCUAGAAUCAGUUUACCAUCCUUAAAUUGUAACCUAAACCAUUUGGUUGAAAAAGCUAAAUUGACCUUGAUCAGUGUCUGGGGGCAACUUCACCCUACUCCAAGUGGGGAUCAAUAUUAUUACAAGUCAAUGUUUAGUCAUCCAUGCUUACUUGCUAUUGCUGACAUCUAAUUUCAUAACCUAAUGACAGUAAAGGUUAAACACAGAUUAGGCAAUUCCAUGUCAAUCCCAGCCAGUCAUUUCAGGAGGUCCCAUGUAUGAAUUGAAUGUUGUCUAUAUUUUUCUUGGAGGGCCAUUUCGAUGAAUGAACAGAAUUUCAAAUAAUGGUCUUUUUUUGGGGUCAAUUUCCAGCUUCUGCAGAAACAAUUGUAAGGAUCCUAUUCAUUGUGGUUCAGUGUCUUUGCCUUGUGUUUCACCUGGUUGGUUCUCUGCAGCUUAGGCUGUAUCCCAUGUACCUGAGCUAAGCAUUGAGUGUCAUGAUGUAGCUUACACCUAUUUGAAGCUUACACCUAUUGAACCUAUUUGAACACCUAUUUGAAUUGUCACUAUACAUUGGAAUGGUCCUGAUGGCUCAGUGGGUUGGAGCCGGGUUAUGACAGCAUGAAGGUUGUGGGUUAAAUUCCUGCUUGGGGCUACGUAUAUGGUACUGAAUAUGUGUGUUAACCGCGAGAUGCUUUGGAUGAAAUUAGUUUUGCUUGUUAAACAAUGUAAAUCCCAACGGGUUGAGAGUAGAAGAAAGAGGUUUGAACUCAAACUCAACCCACUCUCUUCCUCUCAGUCCCUCCCUCGGCUCACAGUGGCUCUUUACAUCUUCGCUCCGGUUUCUCUCUGCUCGUAGUCUUACUGUGCAGACGAAAAAAAAAACGAACGACACAACCCGAUGCUUUCACCUCAAAUCCACUCCGACAUUCCCCACCAUCCCUUGAGAUGUUGUCCUCUUCUCUUAUUGAUUUGAUGUACUAUAAUCUGCUUCCCCAGAUACGUCGUGAUUGUAGAGCACAGUAUGGUUUAUCGUACAUGAACUUGAACUGUACAUACCGUCUGACGUAUAGAGUUCUUUAUAGUCCAGUACAUAGGCCUGAGCAUAAGGCUUACAUACAGUACAGCACGCAUCAUUAUUUAUUGUUUAAAAAAAGAGCCUUAUUGUAAUUGUUGACUUUGUCAAAUAUUUAUUUGAUAUGAUUUUUUAAAAUAUUUAUUAUCAUUCUAUUUUGUUACUGUUAUUAAGACCUGAUUUUUUUACUAUUGGUUGAUUUGUUUAUUCAUAGUUUUAUUUGGGAAAAUAACCGAAUAUAACCAAUGAGAUGUUGUUUACUUGGCAAGCCAAUUUUACUGUAUGAUAUCGUCAAUGUUUUUUUAAUUGUCUUUUUUAUUUGCUUUAGUACAAUGUGUACAGCACUCUUUGUAGAGUGCUAUUUGAUACUGAUGUCCUCAUAGAUAGAGACUUAGAGCCAGACCUAGUUUCAGUUCAGUGACUCCCCCGCCCCCAUUAUCAUAGCUAAAGUGGUACGAUCCGAUCGCCAAUACGGCGGCAUAGAUAGAGAGUUUAAACGGUCGAGGAAAGUACAGUAGUUGUUGAAAGUCUAUGCUACACUGUUCAAUUAUAGUGUGCUACUAUAGAUCGAAGGAGUAUAUGAUAGCAUUUUGGGACAAAUGAUGGGGAAAGUAUUUAACAAUUAAGUUAUCCGAAUAUGAAAUUUAAGUUGGGUCCAAAAGUUUAUCUGGUGUGACUUAACAUUUUAAUGAUUAAAAUAUAAAUAUACCUGAAAUGAAAGACCCACAGACUAAACAUGUGACAUCAAGUAAGGGCCAGUUUCUAUGGCAUCACAUAUAUCCUGUUACCUAGUAACUGUUAUUUUCUUUAAAACCCUGGUUGUAGAUAGUAUUGUAUGUUGACUUUGUAUUAAAAGCAGGAUGAUUGGAGAUACAGCAUAAUGA